GUUUCUCGUUCGGCGUGGUCGCAUUCUGUUCUGUUCUAUCCGCAGCGCGUCAUAGUCAGAGUACUAUUUUCCCCGCGUCAGUGGCAAAGUCUUUGUUGAUGUGUCAGUGUGUGGCAGAAGUCCCAGAAAAAAGCAGCCAAAAUUAGGCUUUUCAAAAAUGGAUAAGCGAAAUAUGAAAAUGUAUGUAAAUGCCACCGCAAAUGAACGCAUUAAAAUGAAUCAUAAUUGAGAGCAAAGAAAAAAUGAGCAAGAAGAGUAUCUAAUCUCGAGCAUAUGAAAGGAGUGCGAGCGAAAGAGAUAGCGAGACGAAACGAGGAGCUCUUUGGGAUGCGUUUCAUUUGCAACGUCAUCGCGUCAUCAACAGCUGAAGAGAGCCAAACGAAAAGAGCGCGAGCGCACACACUCACAGCUUCUGUCUCACACACACCCAUUUUUCAACUAUCCCACUGUGACACCGAGGAAAGGGUGUCCACACACAUCUGCAUUUUAUUAAUUAACGAGAAACGAAUUAGAUAAUUAAUACAAUAGAUUCUCCUCCUCCCCAGAGAAAUUCUAAAGGAAAACACCCACGCAAUCAAAGAGUUUGCGCAAAACCAAAGAGAGACAAACGAAAGAGAGAGCGUAGCAUUCGAGAGAGGGAGAGAGAGUGCAGUGCAAAAAGCAGACGCCAGAGCGAGAGGGAAGCUAAGCACACACGCACGCACACGAAACACAUUCAAACUCUUUCGCCGCUUUGGUUGUGUGUGCCGCCGACACUCAAAAAAUUCAUCUCAUCGCGUCCACAACGUGCCACCAAGUGAGCGGAAAGUUUUCAGCCCGAUUUUCAUAGUCGCCGUAUGAGAAGUUUCCUCUGUUUUUAUUUCGUUGCGUUUUGUUGCCCCUUCGCAGCGAAGUGAAGAGUGACAACGAAUUAUCCAACCCAAAAGCGGACUCAAGAAACAAGUUCAGGCCAAAUCAACAAACGAUUGGAUUGUAUUGUCUAUUGCAGUGCGGAAUAUCGAUUUUUUAUAAUACGCGCGCGUCGAUGACCUCGCGCCGAAAACAAUUACAACCGUGAGCUGAGAGCCGUGCAAAAAUCAAACGCAAAAGCAAAGUCAAAGGCUAAUCAAAGCAAACGCAACUACAACACAAGUACACACAAACACACACACACCUAUUCGUGCAUUUUUCGAAGCUGCCUAAUUCCGACUCUUAGCCACGUUUUACAUAAUUGGCCAAUUGCAGAGUCAGGCAAAAGUGCGAGCAGCAACUACGACGGCGACCGUUGCAAGCCGAGUGCCAGAGGGAAAGGGAAACGAACAUUUAGACAGACGGAGAAGAAGAGCGGGAGGAAGGAGAACAGCGAGCAGCAAACGGCAGAGGAGCGGCAGCGGUAGCGUCGGCGGCGGCAGCCAAGAACCCCAGAGACACAUGCUUAGAUAUCGUCUCGUGUCCACACACUUUUUGAAGCAGCCGUAGUCAGCCAGAGCGAGAGGGAAGCCAAAUAUUGAGAGAGUGCACCACCACCACCACCCAAGGGGGGAGAGAAACAGCUAGAAAGAACGCCGAAGAGAGAAAGUGCAGUUGCAAACACGAAGAGAGUGAGUGCGAUCGAUCGCAGGAUAACGUCAUCUCUCGAUACAAAUAGCUCGUCAGGUGCGCGCCGCCUGCUCAUUCACGCCCCAAACUUUGAAAAGCCCGGUCGGAGAGAAAUAUAGCGUUGCAUACAACACCCAACCGUUCAUUCGUCCGGUAGUGCAUCAUCAUCCAGAGGCAGCCAGACCCGCCAUACUACGCCAUACGCCCACUCUCACGCCCGAACCGCAGCUGUUGCAGCGGAAACCGAUUUCGCACCGAUCCAGGCCCUAUAAUUCAGUCACAACGUAUUCGCUAGGAGUCCUGCGCCUGCUUGGUCUGAGCUGUUGUGAUUUGGAUACCGAAAAUGUGCAGAGAUCGCGAUAUGAGUUUGUCAUAGAUCAGCGCAACCGUCGUUAUAAGGUCAAGAAAAAAAUCAAACUCAAGAGCGAAUAAAUAUCGGAUUUGUUGGCGUGGAUGCGCGAAGAAGAGACUCUGACAGACAGACAGGCUGAGAGAGAGAUACAGAGAGACUAGAUAGUCUUGGACCAACAACAACAGCUUGAACGGCAAAAAUCAACAAUACCAAAGUUAACAGUAAUCCUUGUUGGAGAGGAUAACCGGGAUACAAUACAAGACGGACAAUAGAUAAUAACGCGGCACCAACGCUUGCCACCUGCUCUCGCCUCCAUUUUUUGGGAUCAUCGGCAAUGUGACUGUCUACCGGCACGACAUAACGGUUCCCUAUAAAUCCGGCCUAUAUCCGAUUCCAACCGAUUUGUGGAAAUCUCUCCCUGCACCGCUGCAUGUGCCAUCGCCAACAGGUGUCAGGUCAGGCGGACCAACCGAUUUUGUGCGUGCAUCGAUUUCCCGGAAACUUUAUUCAUCGGUCUUUUGGGUUACGCCCUCUCCUCCUCCUUGCCACACUCCCUCACGCUCUAAAAGAAAACGUCGUGCAGCUGGCGAACGUACGGGGAAAAACCAGCAAGAUUGAAGACUUUGCGAGAAAUCUUUGGAAGUCCGUUAAGGCUUGCAUUUGCGGCAUGCGCCAUCCCACAACUGGGCUGAACGAAGACGACCUGAGUCGUCUCACCGGUUCAUCAUCGUCGACCGCCUCGUGCGGCAGUGCAGCCACAGCCUCAUCUUCAUCAUCGUCAGCCUCCGCUUCAUCCGCGGCCCCCACACAGUGCCAUGAGGCAACAGUCGUCGUCCGCCAGCAGCAAAGUCCGGAGAGGACCAAGGCUUCCUUGGCGGCGGACGCCAAGAACCAUCUGAACAGCGCCGACCCACAGCCAAAGUUCAGCUCCACAUAUCUCCCGGAGAUCAUCAAUCCUCUGGAAUGGCAGAAGUCAUCGCGCAAACGCAAGGAGCGUCUCGACAGCAGCUCCGUCUUUGGACAGGACCGCAAGCUGCAGCGCAGCAACAGCGAGGAGCUGCUCACGGAUCCAGCUCAGGGCCACGCACCGCAAGACCCCAAGACAGCGGCAGCGCACCUGCUGGAGGCCCAAUGCGAGGUCAUUCGACGCGUCUCCUCGGAGGACUUUGAGCGCACUGCCAGCUACGCCAACUACUGUCUGGAGUUUGAGCGCGAACAGCAGUCCCAGUCCCAGUCUCAGGAGUUGGAGGGCGGCGAGAAUAACUCCUCGCUGGCCAAUCUCUCAAGUGAGGUCCAGGGCUCGAAGGAGCGUCCGCGCUCGGAGACCAGUCCGGCCCGCCAGCAGCGGGAGGCCAGCGACGACAGCGAGUGCGAGCACGAGCGCCGAAGGAGCAGUGAGCGCUUCUGUAAGUCGCGUCUGCCUCCAGGCCGCAAGUCCGGCGUCACCAAGAAGGGCAGCGGCAGCGGAGGAGUCGGUGGCAAGUACCUGCCCUCCAGGCGGGACGAGCAGAGUACCUAUAAGUACGAUCUGUCCGCACUGAAGUACGAGCGUCGCGGUUUCAUCAGCAGCAGGAAGCAGCAGCAGCAACAGCUGUCCAACUCGUCUUCCUCCGCUUCCGAUCACAACGACAACAACCUGAUCGACUUCCACCAGCAACAACAGCUGCAGCAGCAACACCAGCAGCAGCAGCAGCCGGCGAAGAGGAGCUCCAGCAUCUCGCCCACACCGACAACGAGCUCCUCGGCGGGCAGUGACGACACUACGCCCACACCCGUAAAGGCCAAGCCGCCGCAGCGCCAACAGCAGCAGAAUCCGGACCUCACCUCGGCCCAGGAAUCCCUGCCAUGGGAGCGUGGGGACGAGCCCGCCCCCGUGCUAAGCCGACGUUAUGCCCACUCCCGGCCCCACGUCGGCGGCAACAUUGACGCGGCCGCCCAGCUGGCCAAGGUGAUGCCCUAUCCGCAGGCGCUACCAAAGCAAGCGACCAGCGUGCAGCUGCAUGGCUGCGAGGACAUGGACUGCCUGGAGCCGAUGGACGCGGUGCGCGCCUUCAGUUCGCUGGAGAAUAUACGCACCCGUGACGUGAUGCAGCAGGUGCUGCCCGCGAUGAUGGUGGCCUUCCAGACGCCCGAGGAGCGUCUCAAGGCUAUCAGCCGACGGGUGACCGUGUUCAAGAAGAAGCUCGUCCAGCUGGAGGAUGCCCUGGAGCAGCGGCUCGGCUACCGGCCCUCGCAGGCGGAGCGCCUUAACGACAAGUACAUGAAGAACGUCCUGGCCGAGCUGAGCAAGCUGCGCAAGGAGCGGCAUGAGCUCAAGACUGAUCCCAUCGCUGCCCUUGGCCUCAAGCUGGGAGUCGGUGGCGGUGCCGGAGCCGGUGGCUCUGGGUGCCAGGAGGUGGCCAAGAAGCUGGAGCGCAUGAAGGCCACUCUCGCUGAAAUCGAACAGAAUCUCAACGAGAAGCGCACCAAUAGCCACCGAUCCCAGCAGCUGGAGGAACUGACCGCCGAUCAACUGGUGCAGGAGAAGACCGCUGUCCAGCAUGGUCUGCUGUAUUUUGAGAAUCUCUACGGCCAUCCCAUCUCCAAGGAGGAGCGAGAUGCAGCCCGACCCCUUUACGAUCGCUACCGUCAGCUGAAGCGUAUGGUUGCCCGCACUGUGAUGUUCGGACCUGGGACUGGGGUGCCGGAGCUGCCCACGAUCCUGGAGCACGAGGCUAUGGUCUUCGAGGCGACCUCCACACCGCUGCAGUAUUCAUCCAACAACAGCACCGAGACCACCAACUCCCCCAGCGACUCGAUGGCGCCAAAUACCCUCACACAGAACGCUUCCUCCGAUGAGUCGACCACCACCACUACGGGUCCGGCGGUGGCAGGAUCUAUGGAGUCUUCCGCGGCGGAGAGAGCGGCCAGCGAGAACAUCUCUGCACUGAGCCUGGACCAGCUGUGGGAGCAGCUGGAGCGCGUGCGCGACGAGAAGGCCAUGCUGAAGGCCACCAUACGCGAGUACGAGUCACUGUUCGAGGAGCAGAACGGCCGCAAGAUGCUGAAGCAGGACCGAAGGUCCCUCGAGACGGAGACCUAUGCCCAGUACAAGGAGAAGAAGGCCAAGGUACGGCUGUUGCAGGCCCUGAUCAAGAAGCACAUCGGCCACUAGCCGAAGCCCUUAAUUGAUCCACAUCUAUUCACCUGCAUGCGAUUCUUAUUUAUUUCAUACCCACAAAAAAAAAAAAACCAAAUGCAAAGAAACAUACCUAGAUACUCGUAUGCGUGUAUGUAUAUCCCAACACCCGCCCCCCUACCCCAUACAUUUAUACGGAUAUUAUUAUAUAUGUGUAGUUUUUAGAUUUACAUUUUACCAUAUAUUCUAUAAUGAUACAUUUUAUGAAUAUUGUUGAUUCCUUAUUGUUUUUUGAAAACACCUAUGAAUACCUAUGAAUACGAAUAAAACAAAGAGAAAUGUUACAGAAAGCUACGCUACCCGAAAGACAUUUGAUUGAGACUCUCUUCCCAUUGUAGUAGUACAAUAUAUCCUUGGAACUUCCAUUUGGAAUUGACAUUUCUCACUCAUUUACCUCUCUCUCUGUAAAUCGUCAUUGAUGCUAAAAAAUGUAUUACAUUUGUAUUUCCCAUUGGUUCGAACAGAACGGAGUUAAAUCCAUCUCCCAACAUAGGGAGCAUACAUACUCGUAGUUUGAUAUAGUUUCGAAUGAUUUAGCGAGUCAAAAGCAAAAGCAGAAGUAUAAACUCUUUAUAAAUGUUGUCUGGUAGUGAAACAUAUUUUAUAUCUAAACUAAGGCGAUCAUCUAUGCCAUCUAUAGUAGAACAGUACCAGCCUCCUCCCCCAGGUCCUAACCAUCAUAUACUACUACUAGUUGUGCGUUCAAUCAAAAGUUUCCAUUGGCG